AUGCGUGGCACAAAAAAAAAGCAACAACGAAAAUGUAAAUCUCGUGCAAAUGAAACAAAUAAAAGCAAUUCAUCAAAUAAAAUAGAUAAUUCAAAUCGCUCGUCAUCUAUUGUAACUAAAAAUUUUGAAAUAUUUGUUACCGAUUUUCUUACUGAUCCAUGUGGCUUACCUGUUGAGUUAAGAGAUUGUGUUUUAGUUGAUGGAACAACAUCAUUGAAUGAUACAUCAGAUAAUUGUUCAUCUAAUAGUUGUCAAGUUUUAAAAAAGAUCUUUGGAAAUAAUGAAUCAAUUGAUCGAAUAGUUAAAAAUUCUGUUCCAUUAAUAGUCGAUGGUAAAAUUUAUUUUGUCUGA